AUGAAGCUGGUGACGUACAUGGGCCGGAGCGGGAGCCACACGGCUGGUAUCACAGGCGUUGGCUGGGCCUCGGACACCACCGUGGUGUCUGUGGCUGACGAUGGCGCGCUGCGUGAGUGGAACGCAGAGGGCGAGCCGCUGGAGGCUGUGCUGGAGCUGGACGGCUUUUACGCCACGUGCAUGGCCUUGGCACCGCCGGCAGUCGGCGGCGCUUCCGCUGGCGGAAGCGGAAGCGCAGGCGCGGGCAAGGCUGCCGGCCCGCCGCGGGCAGGCGUUGUCGGCACGUCGGACGGUGCCCUGCGGCUGUUCUCGACGCAGCCCAAGUGGGAGAGCGCGGUCGAAGGCGCACACGAAGGUGCCGUGCUUGACGCGGCGUAUACACGCGAUGGCGCCACUCUGGCCACCUGCGGCGAGGACGGCGCGCUCAAGGUCUGGUCCCGCGCUGGCGUCCUCCGCUCGGUCCUCUACACUCAGCCGCGCCCGGUGUACGCGCUGGCCUGGGGCUCGGCGCCCGGCUCGAACGGAUCCAGUGCCAAGGGCAAGAGCAAGGCGGGAGCGAGCCGCGGUGCGUCGGCGCUCGCGCUCACCUCGGGCGCCUCGGUCGUGGUCAAGCCGCUCGACCCGGCAGGCAAGGUUGAGUCGUGGAAGGCGCACGACGGCCUUGUCCUCGCCCUCGAUUGGUCGCCGGUCUCGGACCUGAUUGUGAGUGGCGGCGAGGAUGCGCGGUACAAGGUGUGGGACGCCUUUGGCCGCCCGCUGUACGCGUCGUCGCCGUUUGACCACGUCGUCACUUCCGCCCGCUGGGCGCCCGACGGCACGGUCUUUGCCGUCGGCGCCUUUGAGCUGCUUGCGCUCUGCGACGCGGCCGGAUGGAUCCACGCGCGCGCCGAGGCGCAGCACGCAGGCUCGCUGCAGGCGCUGGCGUGGUCGCCAGACUCGUCGCAUGUCGUCGGCGCCGGCGCCGGCGCUGAGCUUGUCCUCGGCUACGUGACCGGGCGGCACGUCGAGUGGCGGAACUACGACGUGACCCUCAUUGAGCCAACCAAGGUCCGAGUCCUCGACGUUGCCAACGAGUUUGAGGAGGAGCUCGUCUUCCGCGACCGAGUCAUCAAGCUCUCGCUGGCAGCGGACCAUCUGGUGGCGGCAACGACCCAUCAGGUGUACAUCUACUCGACGUCGGCCUGGUCGACGCCGGUCAUCAUCGAGGCCCACGUCCGCAUCGACGCCAUUCUGCAGUGCGCCAAGUACUUUGCGCUCCUCGACUCGUCGACCGGUCUUGCCAUCCACAGCUACGACGGGCGCCCGGUGAUGUCCCCCAAGAUCCGGCUGGCGGCCGGCGACGUGCUCACCCAGUCGUCUGUGGCACUCUCACCGGACACGGUGGCACUCAUUGAUCCAAGUGCACGGUCGCGGAUCCUUCUCUUUGACGCCGGGUCUGGGCGUGUGCUCGACGACGUCGUCGGCGCCUCGCGCGACGUCGUCCACAUUGCCCUCUCGCAGGUCGGCUCGCCGGCCGAUCGCAAGCUCGUCUACAUCGACUCGGCUGGCGAGCUGUUCAUGACGUCGGUGGUCCGGCCGGCACCGGUGCGGCUCGCCGCCAUGGCCUCGUCGGUGGUGUGGAACGAGUGCGCCGACAUGCUGGUGGCGUACUGCGACUCGUCGCUCGUUACCUGGUACUACCCGGGCGUCGUCUUUGUUGCCUCCUCGCUCACUGACGCCACCAAGACCGUUGACAGCUCGGUCGGCACCUCGCUCGGUCGCUCACCGACGCUGCUCUCGUUUGUCGACACCCACGUCUCGAUUCGGACCCAAGACGGCGCGCUGGCCGCAAGCAUGGACGCCGUCAACCUCUGCCGGUUCGUCAACCAGCCGCUGGAGUGGGCCAUCCUCGCCGCGCUCGCCGUCGCCCACAAGGAGCUGGGCCCGGCUGAGAUUGCCUUUGCGCAGGUCAACCAGGUCGACAAGCUCGAGCACAUUGCCCGUAUCGCCGCCAUCGAUGCCACCGAGCGCCGUCACGCCGAGCUAGCUCUUUUCUGCGGCAAGCCCGACGAGGCCGAGGCUGGCCUCCUCCAGGCCCGCCUCUUCUAUUGGGCCGUCGAGCUCAACAUGCGUCUCUUCAACUGGCCGCGCGCUCUCGAGAUCGCGCAGAAGCACGACCCGAGCCUCGAGGCCAUUGUCUGCCUCCAUCGAUCCGAGUACCUGGCCGACUUUGACCGGGCAGAGACCGACGAAGCCUUCCUUGCUGCCGCCGCCCGCGUCGAUGCCGAUCCCGACGAGGUCCGCGCCGCCGAGGCAGCCCUCGCCGGCGGAGCGUAG